UCCGCGCGUCUCUCUCUCUCUCUACAGUUUCAGAGUUCAUUUGUCUUCGAAGACGUUUUUCCUCUCUCUCUAAAUCUCCCUGCUAAAAAACCUAACAUAUUUCUUGGGUGUUUUCUCUGUAAAUAUGCAACUCUUCUUCACAUAGACAGACUACAACAUCGUUACAGGGUUUCGUUCCGAUAAUUGUUUGGGGGUUGUGUGUGGCUUUUUGGGGUUUGUAAUGUGAGGCUUGAGAGAGAAAAGAAUGGAAGGGCCAACUGGGGAACAGGGUUUCAAAAUGAGAUUAGGAGAUUAUAAGAUUGGACAGACAAUUGGCUGCGGAUCUUUUGCUACAGUAAGACUUGCAGAGCAUAUCCCAACAGGGCUCAAAGUUGCUAUCAAGAUGUACAAGCGUUCAAAAGUAAAAGGAAUGCGAAUGGAAGAUAAAGUGACACGAGAAAUCAAGAUAUUGAGAUUAUUAAAGCAUCCAUGCAUUACACAUCUCUAUGAGGUUAUAGAAACAGAAUCAAAGAUAUAUAUUAUCAUGGAGUAUCUUGAGCAUGGGGAGUUAUUUGAUUAUCUCGUAAGGAAGGGUAGACUGCAUGAAGGUGAAGCUCGUUUUUUCUUUCAGCAGGUUGUCUCAGGUUUGUUAUAUUGCCACAUGAACAUGGUGAUUCAUCGAGACCUUAAGCUUGAGAAUCUCCUUUUGGAUUCUAAAUAUAAUGUGAAGAUUGCAGACUUUGGCCUAAGCAAUAUUAUGAUUGAUGGCCAUUUCUUAAAGACAAGUUGCGGGAGUUAUGCGGCCCCGGAGGUUAUCUCAGGUAACUCAAAUGUUGGGCCUGAGGUCGAUGUGUGGGGCUGUGGUGUUGCUUUGUACACCUUGCUUUGUGGUUCUCUUCCUUUUGAUGAUGAAAAUACUGCCAUUUUGUACAAGAAAAUAAAGGCAGGGGAAUAUACGAUUCCAAGUCAUUUGUCAUCUGAAGCAAAGAAUUUGAUUCAAAGAAUGCUUGAGGUGGAACCAUUAAGGCGGAUAACAAUUCCAGAAAUCCUUUGUCAUCCUUGGUUUGAUCCUCAUCAUCCACAUUCUAUUAUUGUAACUUCACUACACACGACAAAACGGGCAAGAAAGGCUGACUUUGGCUUUCUAGUACAAGCAUCGGAUUUCCCUUUCAUACACCAGAAUGAAACUAAGGCUUCAGUGGCAUGGCACCAUAGAGAAAAGUUAGUGUCUGAGAGUAAAUGGGCAUGUGGGUUUGAGACUGAAACUCCUCCUAGUGAGAUAUUAGCUAAGGUUUCGAGAGCUAUGCAGGAGUUGAACGUGGAUUCAAAAACGAUUGGUCCUUAUAACUUUAGAUGUAGAUGGUACCUUGAAAGUCCACAUAAGAGUCCUCUCUACAUGAUCAAGUUUGAAGUGCAGCUUUACCGGACUAAAGAAAGGAAAUACAUUAUUGAUGUACUAAGGAUCCAGGGGCCUGAGUUUCUCUUCCUUGAUCUAUGCGCCAAUUUAUUUACAAAACUCCAGGUUCACUGAUGUGACGUGUUUCUUUUCUGCCUCCCAUUUGUGCUUGUGGUGCAAAUCAAGAGGCAGAGUAUUGAUUCUGCUGUAGAGAAGGCCCACUGACUCCUCGUGCUUGUCUAUGGAGAGAGAGAACCAAUAUCAACAACUGUAUAUAUGCAAUGUAAUAUGGGAAUGCCAAACUUUGGCACUCGACUCUAGCUGAUCAUAUAUAAGAGAGAGAGAGAGAGAGAGUUUUAGUUGCUCACCAGUGUCUAAAAUUGUAAAAGUAAUACAAAUUUGUUGCAGUGUGACACAUACAUUGGUGAUGCAUUAUGGCGCAAACUGUCAUUCUCGUGUUCGUCCCGAAUGUACCGGAAGUGUUGCAGCCCCUCUCUCUUGCUCACUACAUCUAAACUAUAUGGAUCUGAUUUUUGUGCGGGCACUGACGUACCAAAAGUGGUGCCGCCUGUAUACUAUAUUCCAUCCUAUGCAACUGAUCGGCUCAGAUUGCACUUGAAAAUCAUGACAUGGAAUUUUUUGGUACAAUUUGCACUAAUUUGACUCUUUAUAUUAAUUUUGCUUUAAUUUCUAUUGAUAA